GUUCCGUUUAGCUGAAACCGCCUCCUCGUCCUUGGCCUUUUGUGUUUGCUUGUUUGCUUAAAUGUUUCGUUAUCCAACAUCGGAUCCCAUCUGCAAAGGUAAAGGCCGUUUGUGUAAAAUUGUGUCGACUGCCAGUGCCCACUUCUACGUAGACAGCAACAUUAAUAGAAAACAAUACGUACAGAGAGGUGGCGGUGACCGACAGAGUAAGGGUUCUACGGAGUGUGCCAUCGAGCUACUGAUCCAAGUUUGUAGGAUUGAAUCCCGGCGAAAAGCUCUGUGUGGGGCUACAGUUCAUGGCGAAUCCCUCCGAUCACCGCUUCACCACUCCUCUUCAAUCAUAAGACGCCAGGAAAACAGUCUUUGAGUGUUUUUUGAACAAACCUCUGACCAUACAGCCACCCAGAACCACCGCUGCAAGUUUAUAAAGAUGGCGAAAGAAGGGAAGCCCGCCAAGCGCAUUGCAGUCAUCGGCCUCGGUCCAGCCGGUGCCAUCACGAUCGAUGCUCUUGCCAAAGAGCAGGCAUUUGACAUUAUCCGGGUUUUUGAGCGUCGUGAGGCUUCUGGCGGAUGCUGGCUAGGUGAAGGGAAACCACCGCCGCUCAUUCAAUCGGAUGAGCUCAAACUUCUCUCCUCCCGAACGGCAGACCCCCAGCUGCCAACAAUUCCUUCCAACCUCCCUGCUCAACUGCCUAAGUCGCGCUCCCCGCGGUAUUCUGAAUCCACAGUCUACCCAUACCUUGAAACGAACGUAGACUUCGUCCCUAUGCAGUAUACUCAAGAGCCGUUUCCUACUGAGCAAUCCGAACACUCAAGAUCACUCCACGGAGAAGACACGCCUUUCAGACACUGGUCCCUAGUCCAGGACUACGUCCGUUCUCUGGUCGACCGAAGGGGCUACGGCGACUUCAUCAGCUACAAUACUACCGUGGAGCGAGCUGAGAAGGUGCCUGCAGCAAGCGGUUUCGGUGAGGAGUGGAAGUUGACGUUACGCAAAGAUGGUGAGAACACUGAUUACUGGUGGGAGGAGAGAUUCGAUGCCGUCAUUGUCGCAUCCGGGCAUUACAGUGUGCCCUAUAUCCCAUCCAUUGACGGCCUGCCCGAGUUUUCUAGAGAUCGUCCGGGAAGUGUGAUUCACAGCAAGCACUUCCGAGUCGGCGCCUCCGUCUCAGCAGGAGACAUCGCGUUUGAUUUGACGCAGGUGGCUCAAGCACCUGUAUAUGCUGUGGUCAAAGGACACACGUUCAACGGGUACUUUGGUGACGAGGCUUUCAACCACCCCCUGGUCAAGCGGGUCGCCUCCAUAUCUCACAUCGAACCGACCACUCGAACUGUUCACUUCGUUGACGGAUCUUCUGCUUCUGGUGUAGACGACAUCAUUUUCGGCACGGGUUACAGCUGGACACUACCUUUCUUCGCGCCACAGUCGUCCGGCUCUUCGACCACGGCCAAGCGCACACCAGUCCCUACCACUCGCAACAACCGCAUCCCGAAUCUCUAUCUCCACACAAUUUACACCCCAGACCCCACAAUUCUCUUCGUCGGUGCCGUCAACGCAGGCCUCACGUUCAAGAUCUUCGAAUACCAAGCUGUUCUCGCCGCACGACUGCUCGCAGGCCGCGUCCCACCCUCUCGCCUCCCAUCACCGGAAGCUCAGCUCGCCUGGGAAGUAGACCGUAUCGCCAAGCGCGGCGACGGGCCGAAGUUUGCGCUCGUAUUUCCAGACUUUGAAGAGUACUUCGAGGAGUUGAGAAGAAUCGCUGGUCCACCCACGGCAGACGGCAAAGGACGAGAAUUGCAGCCUUUCAACAAGUUCUGGUUUGAACGGUUCAUGCAAGGUCACGAGCGUCGGAAGGAUAUGUGGAAGAGAUUGAACGCACAAGCGAGGGAGACACUAGGAACACGAGCGUCUGAGGGGAGUUUACGCCCAAAGUUGUGA